AUGUCUGCCCCUCCAAAGUUUGCAGGACUAAAGCUCUCCACCCAGCCUCCGCAGGGUAGCCAGCAUACGCUUGAGUUGUAUCUCGACUAUGUCUGUCCCUUUUCCGCUAAAUUGUUCAAUACGUUCUAUACUCUGGAUACCUUACUCGCAGAGUAUGGCCCUAAGCUCCAGGUCAUCUUUCGGCCACACAUCCAGCCCUGGCACCCGUCGUCUACACUGACGCAUGAAGCUGCACUAGCAGUUCUGCGGCUGGCGCCAGAGAAGUUCUGGGAGUUCAGUUCCGCUCUUUUCAAACACCAAACUGAAUAUUUUGAUGUCAGUGUGGUGAAUGAGACUCGCAACAAGACGUACGAGCGAUUGGCCAGGCUUGCCAGGUCCGUAGGCGUGGACGAACAGAAGACGCUGGCAUUGCUGAAAAUUCCCGAAUCAUCCGAAAAGGAUAACCUGAACAGCGGGAAUCAGGUCACUGAUGACCUGAAGUGGGUAAUCAAAACCGACCGAGUCAUCGGUGUCCACGCUUCACCAACCGUCUUUUUCAAUGGCGUGGAGGAGCGCAGUAUCAGUAGUAGCUUCACUGUUGAACAGUGGAAAGAGUGGCUGGCCCACAACGUGACUUGA